AUGCCGGACGCCGCUGCCCACCUGCCCUUCUACUACGGCAGCAUCGCGCGCUCGGAGGCCGAGGAGCACCUGAAGCUGGCUGGGAUGGCAGACGGGCUGUUCCUGCUGCGGCAGUGCCUGCGCAGCCUGGGCGGCUACGUGCUCUCCAUGGUGUGCGACCUGCAGUUCUACCACUACCCCAUCGAGCGCCAGCUCAACGGCACCUACGCCAUCCUGGGGGGCAAGGCGCACUGCGGCCCCGAGGAGCUCUGUGAGUUCUACUCCAAGGACGCCGACGGGCUCUGCUGCCCCCUGCGCAAGCCCUGCAACCGCCCCAGCGGGGUGGAGCCCCAGCCCGGUGUCUUUGACAGCAUGAGGGACAACAUGGUGCGGGAAUACGUGCGGCAGACCUGGAAACUGGAGGGGGAUGCCCUGGAACAGGCCAUCAUCAGCCAGGCUCCCCAGGUGGAGAAGCUGGUGGCCACCACAGCCCACGAGAGGAUGCCCUGGUACCACGGCAACAUCAGCAGGGAUGAGGCGGAACGGAGGCUCUACUCGGGGGCACAGCCUGAUGGGAAAUUCCUGCUGAGAGAGAAGAAGGAGAACCAUGCCUACGCCCUGUCCCUCGUCUAUGGCAAGACUGUGUAUCACUAUCGGGUGGAUCAUGAUAAAUCUGGGAAAUAUUCCAUUCCUGAGGGCACCAAAUUCGACACACUCUGGCAGUUGGUGGAGUACUUAAAACUCAAACCAGACGGGCUGAUUUUCUACCUGAGGGAAGCCUGCCCCAACCCCAACAUGCCAGCCUCUGCAGCACCAGUUCCACCCACCCACCCCUCCGUGAGCAGAAACCUGGGCCCUCUCAAUGCAGAUGGAUACACCCCAGAUCCUGUCGGGGCAGGAAAAUCCCGUCUGCUGCCCAUGGACACCAGCGUGUACGAGAGCCCCUACAGCGACCCCGAGGAGCUGAAGGACAAGAAGCUGUUCCUGAAGAGGGACCACCUGAUGAUUGAUGAGGUGGAGCUGGGCGCAGGAAACUUUGGCUGCGUCAAGAAGGGAGUUUACAAAAUGAGGAAGAAGCAGAUUGACGUGGCCAUCAAGGUGCUGAAGAGCAACAACGAGAAGACAGUGAAGGAUGAGAUGAUGAAGGAAGCUCAGAUCAUGCACCAGCUGGACAACCCCUACAUUGUGAGAAUGAUCGGGGUGUGCGAGGCCGAGUCGCUGAUGCUCGUGAUGGAGAUGGCUUCUGGAGGGCCCCUCAACAGGUUCUUGGCUUCCAAGAAGGAUGAGAUUACAACGAGCAACAUCGUGGAGCUGAUGCACCAGGUGUCCAUGGGCAUGAAGUACCUGGAGGAGAAGAACUUUGUCCACAGGGACCUGGCAGCCAGGAAUGUCCUGCUGGUCAACCAGCACUAUGCCAAGAUCAGUGACUUUGGGCUCUCCAAGGCUCUGGGAGCUGAUGACAGCUACUACAAGGCCAGGACAGCAGGGAAGUGGCCCUUGAAGUGGUACGCCCCCGAGUGCAUCCUCUUCCACAAGUUCUCCAGCAAGAGCGACGUCUGGAGCUACGGUGUGACCAUGUGGGAGGCCUUCAGCUUCGGGCAGAAACCCUACAAGAAAAUGAAGGGCCCUGAGGUGAUCAGCUUCAUAGAGCAGGGCAAACGCAUGGACUGUCCCCAGGAGUGCCCAGCAGAGAUGUACUCCCUGAUGCAGCAGUGCUGGACAUACAGAUGGGAAGAACGUCCAGGGUUUGUGGCUGUGGAGAACACCAUCCGCUCCUACUACUACAGCAUUGCUGCCAAGCCCGAGAAUGGGCCAGACACAGGGGACAGGGCCAAAGCAGCUCUUCCCUGA